AUGGAGAUAUUGAACUUAAGAGCACAAAGUAGCAUACUUAAGUUAAUAGGAACCGUAAUCUCUAUUAGUGGAGCAUUUGUUAUAAUCUUUUACCAAGGUCUCCCAAUCAUUGUAUUCCAUUCACCAACCAACCCAUCUCUCAAUUCUCAUGUUCAACAUCAAACUCAACCAAAUUGGAUGGUUGGAGGGAUGUUUCUUUCUAUAAGUUGCAUACUUGUUUCGUUCGUGUAUGUUACAAAGACUUGGAUUGUGAGGGACUUCCCUUCGGAGGUGCUAAUCACACUAAUUACUUUCUUCUUUAAGACUAUAGUGGCAGCAACCGUUACUUUUAUUGCAGAAAGUGAUCCAAGUGUUUGGACACCAAGAAUUGGUGUCGAAUUGAUAGCUAUUCUCUUUGGGGCUGUAACAGCUAGUAUAUUGUAUAUGGUUAGUGUAUGGUUGUGUAGAGUGAAGGGACCAGUAUUUGUAGCAAUGUUUAUACCACUUCAAAUGAUAAUCGCUGUCAUUAUGGGAGUUUCUUUCUUAGGAGAUGUUCUACAUCUUGGGAGUGUGAUCGGAGGAUCGAUAAUAGCAGUUGGAUUCUACACGGUGAUGAAGGGGAAAGCUGAAGAAGAGAUGCGUAAAAAAGAUGAUGAAAAUAGAUUGACAUAUAUCAUAGAAGAAGAGUCACAUUCUCUAAAAAUCCCUAUGUUACAUGCCAAGAGUAUGGAUGUCAUAGUCGACCCUUAG